GAAGAAUAGACAGCCUCUAUGGGAAGAGCGACGUGUGCAUGUGUUAGCUGCUGCAUCACCGACAGGACCGGCGUCAUCAUUAUUCGCAAGGGUAGGCAGAGGCCUAGGCAUAGUUGCUGGGAAGUUUAAUGUAUUCUUUAACUAUGAAGCGUUCAGUUUGUUGGAUAUUUUCGUAUGUGCUGAUUAUAGUUCAAUUCUCAAAGUGUGAGAAUACAAGGUUACGAGGUGUUUCAAUUUCUAAGCAACAAUUCUAUAGUAUCGACCCAGAGUGGUUCACUUGCAUCGAUGGGUCAGCAAAGAUUCCAUUUAGUAAAGUGAAUGAUGAUUACUGUGACUGUCAGGAUAGCUCAGAUGAACCAGGUACCCCUGCUUGCCCUAAUGGAAAGUUCCACUGCACCAAUGCUGGACAUAUACCUAUAUAUAUACCGUCGUCGCGUGUCAAUGAUGGUAUAUGCGAUUGCUGCGAUGGUAGUGAUGAAUACAAAGUAGGUUCUACCAAGUGUAUAAACGAUUGUAAAGAGCUAGGCAGAGCCGAUAGAGAACAACGAAGGAAAGAUGCUAUUCUGCAGAAUGAAGGCUUCGAAAUUCGGCUAGCAUACAUACAGCACGGCCAAGCAAAACAGAAGGAGACGGAAGACAAAUUGUCUAGUAAAAAAGUUGAAUUAGCAGAAUUCGAACAGUUAAAAGAAGGCAAAGAAGCUAUCAAGUUAGCUGCGGAAGAGCCGGAGAAAAAAGCAAAAGAAGAGCAUGAGAAUAAAUGGAAUGAGUAUUUAGAGGAAAAAAAGAAAAAACAGGAAGAAAAAGCUGCCACGAAUGCUUUCAAUCAGAUGGAUGUAGAUGGGGACGGCAUCCUAACAACAGAAGAGAUUAUGCUAGUACAAGGCUUUGACAGUGACAAAGAUGGUGCAGUAUCCAACGAAGAAGCCACGAAAGUUCUUGGCGGCCAGAGUCAGGUGGACAAAGAAGCAUUUGUUACAAAUCUCUGGACGGAUGGAGAACUUAAAAAAACUUACGAAGAAAUCAACAAGCAAGUAGAAAAAAAACAAGAAGACACUGAAGCUACCGAUGCACCCCAACCUCCUGGUAUAGAGCCAGAGCAGUACCAUGAAGAAGACACUGCAGGAGACAUUUCAGAGGACCUUGACCAUGAUGAUUACGAUGAUUAUGAUGAGGAUUAUGAAGAUGAAGAUGAACAUGAUGAGGUCGAUGAGGAAGAGCAUUUGAAGCGAUCACAGGCAGUUUUAGAAGCGGCUAAGAGAAGGAGACAAAAGAAGAAACAGGCUGUGAAAGAAGAGGAAGAAGAAAAAAUGCCAGAUUACAAUGAGAACACUAAGAAACUUAUUGAAAUUGCUGAUAAAGCCAGGAGUGAGUUUGAUGAAGCCAAUAAUAAGUACACUGGAUUAAAUAAUGAAAUUAGUGCAUUGGAGAAACUACAGAGCAAAGAUUUUGGACCUGAUCAGGAAUUUGCCAUUCUACAAGAUCAGUGUUUUGAAUUUACCGAUAGAGAAUAUACAUACAAAUUAUGCCCGUUUGAAAAAUCAACACAAAGGCCUAAAAAUGGUGGUGCAGAAACCUCUUUAGGAACAUGGGGAGAGUGGGAUGGAAUGCCAGGUGAAAAGUACACAGUGAUGAAAUAUAGCAGAGGAAAAGGCUGCUGGAAUGGUCCUGAUCGCUCAACUAAUGUUAAGAUGUCUUGUGGUAAAGAAAACAAGAUUCUUUCAGCCAGUGAGCCAGAAAAAUGCGUUUAUCAGUUUGAAUUCACUACGCCAGCUUUGUGUACAACAAAAGUUAACAUUGAGGAGCAUGAUCAACCUUUACAACAUGGACACACAGAACUUUAACGCAUUAUUCACAUUUAGGCGCUGAAAUAAUUCUGUGUUUUUGUUUUUUUUUGUAGCAGAAUAUAUUGAAAAUAAUUAAGAAGAGGGACAUUAUUUCUGUAGGAAUUGGUUAUAAAUGUAUCAUUAAUGCCUGUGUAUUAAGAUAGCAAAGCUUCACCUCAGAUUUUUAUAAAAUCAUUGAAACAUUUAUGUAUGACGUUACAUAUUUUUUUCUAGCAAUGUUGAUUAUUCUAAAAAUGAACAAAACUUGACAUUCUCAAAUCUUGAAAAUUACUUGUAACAUCUAUCACAUUUUCUGACCAAAAUGAAAACAGAACAUACUAUAUUAAUUAAAUUUAAUUUAAUCUAUAAAUUAUAAGUACGACAUUGAUAACUCUCAAUUGUGAGUAAACUCUCUCCUCAGAUUUUUGUAAAAUCAUUGAAACAAUUAUGUAUGAUGUUAUAUAUUUUUUUCUAGCAAUUUUGAUUAUUCUAAAAAUGAACAAAACUUGACAUUCUCAAAUCUUGAAAAUUCACAAAUUACUUGUAACAUCUAUCACAUUUUCUGACCAAAAUGAAAACGGAACAUACUAUAUUAAUUAAAUUAAAUUUAAUCUAUAAAUUAUAAGUACGACAUUGAUAUCUCUCAAUUGUGAGUAAACUUUCGCUGAAUUGAAAGUGUAUUCUCUUAAUGCCUGUCAGUUAAGUGUACACUCUAUAGAUGCCCUCAAUUGAGAGUACACUUUACUUGAUGCCUUCUUGUGAGUAAACUCUCAUAAUUCAUUGACUUGAAAGUGUACUGUCUUGAUGCCAAUCAGUUGAGUGUACACUUAUAGAUACCCACAAUUGAGAGCACCCUUACUUGAUGCCCUCAAUUGAGAGUACACUAUACUCGAUGCCCUCUUGUGAGUAAACUCUCAUAAUUAAUUGAAUUGAAAAGUACAAUCUUGAUGCCAAUCAAUUAAGUGUACACUCUAUAGGUACCCUCAAUUGAGAGAGUACACACUUUGAUGCCCUCAAUUGAGUGUACACUUUACUUGAUGCCCUCUUGUGAGUAAACUCUCUUAAUUCAUUGAAUUGAAAGUACAGUCUUGAUGCCAAUCAAUUAAGUGUACACUCUAUAGGUACCCUCAAUUGAGAGAGUACACACUUUGAUGCCCUCAAUUGAGUGUACACUUACUUGAUGCUCUCUUGUGAGUAAACUCUCAUAAUUCAUUUGAAUUGAAAGUACAGUCUUGAUGCCAAUCAAUUAAGUGUACACUCUAUAGGUACCCUCAAUUGAGAGAGUACACACUUUGAUGCCCUCAAUUGAGUGUACACUUACUUGAUGCCCUCUUGUGAGUAAACUCUCAUAAUUCAUUGAAUUGAAAGUACAUUCUUGAUGUCAAUCAGUUAUUAAAGUGUACAAUCUAUAGGUACCCUCAAAUGAGAGUACACACUUUGAUGCCCUUAAUUGAGUGUACACUUACUUGAUGCCCUCUUGUGAGUAAACUCUCAUAAUUCAUUGAAUUGAAAGUACAGUCUUGAUGCCAAUCAAUUAUUAAAGUGUACACUCUAUAGGUACCCUCAAAUGAGAGUACACACUUUGAUGCCCUCAAUUGAGUGUACACUUACUUGAUGCCCUCUUGUGAGUAAACUCUGAUAAUUCAUUGAAUUGAAAGUAGUCUUGAUGCCAAUUACAGUACGUGUACACUCAAUAGAUGCCCUCAAUUGAGACUACAUUCACAUGAUGCCUUUAAUUGAGAGUAAACUUAUUUGAUCUCCAAAAUUGAGAUUACACUCUUCUUUUAAAUAAUGAGGUUAAUUUAAACUUAAUAGUUAACCAUAAGUUAUUUAGGCCAAGUAAAAAAAAAAUAGUUUCUCAACCUAAUAAUUUGAAAGAAAGGAGAAUAAAGGCACUUUUUUUUCCUCCAAUAUGGCAAAUCCAAGAUGGUCGAUAAGAAACACCUAGUACUUUCUCACUUUUACCAAGUACACACAAUGAAAGCAAAUAAAAAAAGCACUAGACAUGGUUCAUACCAUUAUGUAUCCCCAGCCACAAAUGACCGGAAAAGUUUUGUCACUGAUGUGAGUUAGCCAGAUUUUCGUACAUUUUGUGGAAUAAGGGAAAUUUAAAAAAAAAAAAUAUUUGUGAGGCAGAGAAAAUAAAUGCGCGAGGGGACGAGAAACUAGAUAUUUUUUUUAUUUGGCCUUUGUGUAACGUUCCGUCCACUCUAUCAAAUUUUAUGUGACGAAUUUGUAUGAUGGGCACAUAUAAUAUAAGCAUGAUGAUGUCAUAUUACUCCCAAAUAUGGGCAUACCACAGUUAUUUGUCACAUAAAAUGUGAUUGUGUGGACAAUGCUUUGGUUAAGUUUAAAAUGUUUGAAUUAUGCAGGAGACACGUUAUAUAAUGCAGUGUAUUGUAUAGGAGUGUAUUCCCCCGGGUAAAUAUAGAUACUGAAGUUAUCACAAAUAUGUCACAUUGUUUGUAUUAUUUUAUUUUAUGAAAUUGGUGUAAAUUUUUGGCCUUUGAUCAUCAGGAUGAUAGAGAGGAAUGUUUUAGUUUAUUUCCUUUUGCAAUAACCACUGUUUAGGUGUACCGUACUGUAAAUUCUAAUUUUUGUGAAUUUGAUUUGAUUAAAUCAUUGCUGUUUUGUAAACAUUUAGUUUCACAAUCAGUCUUAGAUGAAGUUCAAAAGAUUUUCUAGGUCUUUUUUUGUAUUGUCCAGUCUAAAUAUUGCAAUAAAUAUAUAUGUAUGCGUAUAUGUAUAUUUAUGUAUGUUUGUAUAAAUGUAUGUAUGUACGGUACGGUACAUACAAAUGUCACUGUUUAUGUACAUAUCAAUGUAUAUGACUUGAUUAUGUGAAACACCACCUAAAGAAAGUAUGCCUGAAAAAGUUGUUCUUCAAUAAAUUUCCAGGGAUUGUA